AUGAAGUCAUCCGAUGACCAAAAUGUAGUCAAACCGGAUACUUCAAGACCUAAAUCACGUUUCUCGAAACAUGAUGAUUAUUUACUUAUACUAAGUGCGAUGUCUUUGCCUUUUGAUUCAAUUCAUUACACAAUUUCAUUUGAAAGAGAUCAUUCAUCAGCUGAUCUUCAAGCCAGAUAUAAGGAGCUUAUGUAUUCCUUACAACAAGAUUAUCAAGACUUGAAAGAUAUUAGAACUCAAACUCCAUGGGACAUUGAAGAAGAUUAUUGGCUAUAUUUACUAUCAACAAGUCUUCCUGAUGCAACUCCUGAUGAAAUUAUUGACCAUUGCCGCGAAAAAAUUUCUCCAAUUCGUUCUCAUGAAGAAAUCAUUCAAAGAAUAAACGAAAUUAGAAAUUACAGCAAAGAAGAAAUCAAUUCGCUUCUAAAUUUAAUGACACAAAGAUUAAUUACAGAUAAAAUGAUUUUCGAGACUUCUGAUACAGAUAGCAACGUUGUACUCAUCUCCCAAUUCAAGUGUAUGAAACGUAGCGAGAAUCCUAUUGAAUUUAAUGCAAACAAAACUCUCGAUAAUUUAAGUAAAUAUUAUCCAAGAUUGACAAAUAAUCUAUUCGAUGAAAAUGAUUUAGCGAUACUACUGUCUGAUGAGGUAUGCUUUAAAAUGAAAAAACAAAGCAUAAAAAUCGGAUAUCAUUCUCCUUUAUCGGAAAUUGAUAUAAACUUAGAAUUAGUAGCCAAAACGAAAUGCCAACAUAUUACAAAUCAUCAGGCAGUGAUAUUUUUACAUAAUGACUUUAAUUUUUAUAUUCAUAAUAUUGGAGCGAAUAUUUUUAGAGUUAACGGUGUUAUUAUACCAUUUAAUAAGGUCGCUGUUAUAGUACCAUAUUCAAUUCUUGAUUUUGCAGAUAAUUUAUUUAUUUUCAUUCCAAAUCUGAAAUUAGUUGAAAAAAUCUCAAAAGUAUAUCAGGAAAAAUUAGAUAAAAUUAAAAUUCCUGAUAAAGAUCCUCUAGAAAUAGAAAAAGAAGAUGAUAAUUCCGUCAUUGGAUUAAUUCUUCCUAAUUCAGUUUAUAUAUCCGACCCAAAUAUUAUAUAA